AUGGAGAAGGCAGACCUGGCUCCAGGUGGCACAGAGGCACUGGAGAGGCGCCGGGGGAGCCUGGUGGGAUCUGGCUGGUCCUGUGCUGUGCUUCCAGCAGGUUCUGACCCUGCGCCCUCACCUGCGCACUCCUCCACACCCUGGCUCUACCACCAGCCCAGUUGUGAUGUCCCAGGUGCCCAGUGCGCGCAGGCCACAGAGAAGUCCCGGCAACGCCAUUGGCAAUCUGCUUGUCUUGUCGGUGAGGCCUUCCCAGCUGGCGGGGCUCCCCGCUCCGCUCCUGCGCCUGUGCCUGUCCCGGGAGCCCUGUACUCUUCCCAAUUCCUCUUCUACCCUCUGAGAGGUCCUGGGCCUUCUUUUCCAGCCAGGUGCGACGGCGCCCCUACAAGGCUGUGUCUUCUCCUUCGGAACACGGGCACGGAGGUCCUGCCUUCUAUGGUCUGGAAGCUCCCCUCAAGGAAGAAACCCAUGCUGUCUGCUCGCAACUCCAUGAUGUUCGGACACCUCAGCCGCGUGAGGAUCCCUAGUCUCAGACGCAAGCUUAACCUCCGACUGCCUUCGCUAGAUGAGCAGAUGAUCAGGUCUUGGAAUCUGACCCGGAUCCCAGCCACGCUUCCAAAGACAGAGGUGAGGGCAGAAGAAGAGCCCCAAGAACCACUGGAGGUGGAUCAGGUAGAGACCCAGGGGCAGGAGGACAAUAAAAGGCACCCCUGUAGCAAUGGGGAUGCAGCCUCCACCUUCAGGCCCCUAGAGACUCAAGGAAACCUCACUUCCUUCUGGUGCAGUCCCAGGCCCUUGGAGGGAAAUGUCCAUCUCAAGGGCUUGACAGAAAAGAACCAGACUGACAAGGUCCAGGUGCAUGCAGUGAGUUUCUACUCCAAGGGUGGAGUCUCCAGCUCACACAGCCCUGCUGGAGGCGUCCUUGCCUUUGGGAAGCCGGACCCAGUUCCAACAGUGCUCCCUGCCCCAGUUCCGCGCUGCUUCCUGUGUCCAGAGAAGGCGGCCUUGAAGGUGCUGGGUAAAGACCACCUGCCCAGCUCUCCAGGCUUGCUGAUGGUGGGGAAGGAGUUACAGCGCAAGGAUCCUGCAGCUCUUGCAUCAAGUGGCUCUUCUCCACCCAGAGCUGUCAGCCACAGGUCCCGCAAAAGAAAACUGUCAGGGCCACCGCUGCCGCUGCCACCGACCCCUCCCCUGCAAUUGAGGUGGGAUAGAGACGACCUGUCCCCACCUGCUAAGCUUCCCUGCCUAUCUCCUGAGGCACUGUUGGAGCUGCGUCAGGCUUCCCAAAGGGAACGACGGCUCCAGCAGGGCAACAUAGUUAAGAACAUGGGGGUAUUAAGUAGAACAUCAAAAUCCAGGAGACGAAAACAGCCGCUUGGGAGGAGAAAGAAGACAUGGCAGGGCGGGCACGGUGGCUCACACCUGUAAUCCCAGCACUUUGGGAGGCCGAGGCAGGUGGAUCACGAGGUCAAGAGAUUGAGACCUGAGGAGCGUCUCGGCCUGGUCCCCGCACCAUCUGGGAACUGAGGAGGGCCUCUGCCCGGCUGCCCACUGUUUGUUAUAAUUGCCCUGUGGAAGUCUGAAACGGUAGCAACUUUCCUUACCACAAACACUCUCCUUUUCUGUCACAC